AUGGCAACCGCCCUGCUGGGAUUGCUGGGAGUUUUGCUCUGCGCCCUUGCCCAUCGGUCAUUAAAUGAGCCAACUUGCACUAUAUUUUCAGCUUCAACAGAAAGCGCACGUUUUGGGUGUUUAUGUGUUGACGUGUCCUUCACACAGGUGUCUGGGAAAUGGUAUCUGAUUGGUUUUGCCACCAACGCCGAGUGGUUUGUCGCCCGUAAAGCAAACAUGAAAAUGGGCAUCGCCGUGCUGACGCCGACCGACGAAGGAGAUCUGGAGAUGGCAUAUUCAAGUCUCAAUCCCGAUGGCACAUGCUGGAGAAUGAACCAUCUGGCUCAAAAGACGGAUAUUCCUGGGAAAUUCAGCUUCCGCAGUGAACGCUGGGAGACUGACAACGGUUACGCGCGUGUCGUCGAUGUGAAGUACGAUGAAUACGCUUUGAUCCACACCAUCAAGACCAAAGCCGACUCCACCGUGCUCCUCAACAAACUCUACGGCCGAACCCCAGACCUGAGCCAGGACGUCGUGUACAAGUUCACCGAGUUUUCACUGGAGCAAGGCAUUCUGCCCGAGAACAUCGCCAUCCUGCCUAAAAAUGACGAGUGCCCUUGACGUGCUGACGUGAAGCCCCUCCUGAAUCCUGACUGAUUUAUUACGACUGUAGUGCCUUUAGUGUUUUCUGCUCUUUUCCUGAUCAGUCCUUUCGCCCUCCAAGUUCUUUCUAUCAUUUCUUCACGAGUUUGGACCAAUAAAAUCUUUUGUGAAUCUG